UUAAUUAUUAGAUACAAUAUAUCGAAAAAGUGAAGCAACAUAAAUAAUUAUGGUGCGUUAUUAGUGUAAAUAAUAAGCAAAAAUGUCUUCAGAAGUAUCGUUAGAUGGACAAGAAAGACCAAAUUUUUUACGCCGCGCGGGAAAAUGCUGUUUGAAAGCAGCGUGUUCGCAAAUUGGCUUAGUUAUUGUGGUUAUUAUAUACGUUCUUCUUGGUGCUGUGCUGUUUGAGUACUUGGAGUCAGGACCUGAGGUGGUGAAACGGUCUGCCAUACAACGUUCUCGGGACGAAUGCCUGAAGGAGCUGUGGGCAAUCACCGAACGCCUAAAUGUAUUAUAUGAGAGGAAUUGGACAAGAUUGGUCCACGAACAGCUUCGCAAGUUUGAGUCUUCCAUAGUAGCGGCCGCGAGACAAGCAGACGUCCGGUCUCCAGACCUGGUGCUGGAUACUAAAUGGACAUUUUCUGGAUCUCUCAUAUAUUGCAUCACGUUAAUAACUACAAUAGGGUAUGGGAACGUAUCACCUCGUACUGCUGCAGGGAGAGCAGCUACAGUUGCAUAUGCAGCAGCAGGUGUGCCCUUGGCGUUGGCCUGUUUGGCCGGACUCGGCGCAUCAUUGGCAAGACUAGCUCGAUUAGCUUGGCUGCGAGCUACAAAAGAUAAAGUGCCUCAUACAUGGCGGAAAGAAGAGGUGGAGAAUCAUUUUCAACUGCAUGAGCAACAGAGACUACUUCCUCAGCCAAUAGAGAACAACCAAUACACGUCGUUUCCACCAAGAACAAACCGAUCUCCUGGAACUGUAAUGGUUAAGGCCGGGGAAAAAGGCCAGUACUCUCAAGUAUUUGAAAAGGCCCCGGCAAGUCCAAGAUCAGCAACUUUAGGCCGAAUGAAGCGGAGUACUUUUAUAGAUGAACCACAAACUUCAUCCUCAUUACAAACUCAAACCCUAGACAGAAAGAAGACUGUAGGAAACACAAAAUGUAUGGCCACUGUACAUAGCCCUAGCAGAGGUUUUCCCAGGGGACGAAUAAUUCAACGGCCUAGAGGUCCAGUUAUUGACCAACUGAUUGCUGAAGAAUGCAGAGAUGUUCAUCAUAGAAGCCAAGAGGAACUUGACGACUCGGAAGAUGCUGAUGAAUCAAUCUGUCCCCAUGAUACACCAUCCCGAGUGCCUUUGAUCUGGAAUCAAGAGAGUCACAAACAGAAGAGCUGCGCUGUUCCUAGCAGCAAUACUAUGAGUAUCCAGCAUAUUCACAUAGAACACUGCCACAUUCCCGUCAGUAUUGUUCUCUUCCUUUUAUUGGGCUACAUUUUCAUUGGCGCGGCUAUCUUCUCAACUUGGGAGAACUGGAGUUUCCUAGAUGCCGCCUACUUCUGCUUCAUAGCUUUAGCUACUAUAGGCUUCGGUGAUUUCGUUCCUACGAGCUUUCUUAUUUCAAAACCAAAUGUAGAAUAUUCCAAAAGCGAGUAUAUACAAAUGAUUGCAUGCUGUGCAUACCUGGUUUUUGGGCUAAUAUUGAUAGCUAUGUCGUUCAGUCUUCUUCAAGACGAAGUUGUGGCGCGUUGUUCACAGUUAGCAAACAGUUUGGGAUUAUCGCGUCAAUGACAAUACGAGAAGAGCGAAUGUAGCUCAACCGACCACUUGAGAAUGUUAUGAUCGUUAUUGUGAGUAUUGUCCGGUGUAUUUGUAUUCAAACUAUAAUAUAUUUUCUAGAUGUCAUUGUAUCAUACGACAGA